GGGCGCUAGAGAGGCACUGUGCGAAGAAAGGGAUUCUACUUCCUGCCAGCCCUGCGCUCACCUCAGGCUCCUGCACCAUGUUUAACUUUGCAGCCUCCAGCUCCUACAGUCCAUAUGCUGCUUCCUACAACUUCUGGUACUUGGCCCUCACCCAGCAGCAGGCUCCUGCACUCCUCGGUGGCCCGCAGCAGCCCCCGGCCGGCCCCUUUCCCUUUUGGUGGUUGUGGAACAGAGCGCCUCCUGUGAACAGCCUCUUGGAAAACAGCUUUCCUCCGCUCCUUACAGCGAAGACACCUGGUCAACAGACUCUCCCUGCCCUGGAAAACAGCAACGCACCAGAGAAAAGGGGAAAAAGAUCUAGGAAAACCAAGAAGGCAGUGGCAGCACAGCCAAUCAUUUCAGAGCAACAGAAAGAUGACAUAGAGAAAAGUACGGAGCAGUCCACAGUGCCAACCCCAGCUCGUGAGGGUGAGGAGAACCCAACUGCUCAAGCGAAAGAUGAGCUUGGAGAGGGCCUCCCUGUGAUGCAGAGUGGACCGCAGACUGCUCAAGCAAAAGGUGAGCCUGCAGAGGGCCUCCCUGUGAUGCAGAGUGGAACACCAACGUCUCAAGUAAUAAAUGAACCUGCAGAGGGCCUCCCUGUGAUGCAGAGUGGACCACCGACUGCCCAAGCAAAAGGUGAGCUGAGAGAAAGCCUUCCUGUGAUAAAGAGUAGACCACUGAGAGCGCAAGUGAAAGGUAAGGAGGGGGUGGGGGCCCUCCUAUGAGAAACACAGGGCUAGCAGCAUGGAGGAAUUGUUUUGAACUAGUUUUGGGUUUUUGUAGUUCAUUUCUUUUCCCUUUUUUAUUUCCCCUGUUAAUCUCAUCUAAUAUUAUUUACUUUUUGAUUUUAUAAUUGGCUUUUUAAAAAUCUUUUUAAUUUAAAAAAAUUUACUUCAUUUUCCCUUUCCCAACCUCUUCUAUUUUUAUUCCUUUAUUAUUGUUACUUUUAACAUGUAUAAAUUUUUAGCCCUUUAGUUUACAUUAUUAGCCUUUUAUUUUAUAUUAUUAUUAUGCCCUUUUUUUUUUUUCCUAUUGUCAAUGACAGCUAAUGUUCUACUGUUAAUGAUGGUAUAACUGUUGCCAUUUAAUUGUUUUACCAUAUGUCAAUA